UAUAAAAAUACCUACCUUCUAAACUCCAAACCAAAAAGAGAGCAACUUCAAGAGUCAAAGAUGGAGGCAAUUCAAUCAUGGGUUUCAAACCACAAGCUAGCCACACUUGGAGGACUGUGGGCUUCUGGAAUUGGGGCAUCACUUGUGGCUAAUUCACGUACAAGCUCUCCAAUGAAACCUAGUCUAAGACUCAUCCAUGCCAGAUUGCAUGCGCAAGCUUUAACACUGGCAGUAUUGUCUGGUGCUGCGGUUUAUCGUUACUACGCGAUUCAUGAAUCUGGGCCCAAACAACAGGCCCACGAUCCUUCUCCCACUGUGGCCCAGAUAGCUGAAUGGGAGCUCCAAAGUCCUUUCUAAAAUUGAAUUUUAUAAAAUUAUCAACUUAUUGUGGUUUUUCUAAUUAUUAUAUAAUAUAAAAUUAUCAGACUCCAGGAAGAAGAGGAAAACAGAAAGUUAUCCCUUUUGAGAUCAAGAGUUUGGUGAUUGAAUUGUAUAAAGCCCAUAUAAAGGGAAAUGAGAAAGACUUCACUUGAUUUUGGGUC